AUGGCCGUAGCGACAGCUGUCACUACCAUCUUAUUGGGAAGUUUAGCAUUUCUCGUCCUUGUCGACUAUUGUGCCUGUUUAGAAGGAAAUGUCCACAACUUUCGGUGUUAUACCGCAAGGUAUCGAGGCCGUUGUAUGGAGAGGAUUUACCCUAAAAACGUCACCCAGUGCUGUGCGGGGUACGUGGGCAGAUAUUGUGACAACUACGUUCAGGAUGAGUUUUACUUCGCCUCGACGAGACCACGUGAUGAUGUAGACUUCCUAAAACAACGAACACAGGAAUACAGAAACAACAGACGGGGGCCUAAAGGGGAGAAAGGUGAGAGGGGUCCUGAAGGAUUCCUGGGAAUGCCGGGAUCGAAGGGGGAGCCGGGCAGCACGGUGAAUAAAGGUCAAAAGGGGGCACCAGGGAUCUCUGUGAAGGGAGAACGAGGAAAACGAGGUCGCAGGGGAAAACCCGGACGGAGGGGCCGAAAAGGGAACACAGGGCCAAUAGGCCCACCAGGCAUGCCUGGUUUACCUGAUACAGGAAGCCGUAGGAAAACAGCAGAGUGCAACUGCAGUGAUCUAGAGAGGAGAGUGACGAUUCUUGAGACUUUGGUGAGAAACAUAACUGAAGGAAGAUUGGUCAUUCCUAGAGCGGGUCAUCCUGUACAACAGACACCGGAAAUACCGACAGUUGAAGACCGGUCAUCAGCAGUUACCAUGGAAACAGUAGGAAACGGUGCGAAGUCUAAAACUAUACCUACGUCAGAAAAUACACCAGAAGUCACAGGAAACCCGACCAUAAAAGAAAACCUUGACACAGAAAUCACAACCAUGUUAACAACAAAAGACUUGCCUGUUAAAUGUAACAAUUCUAACAGAACCCCAGAUUGCCCAUCUACAACCUUCUGUAAAACUUCAGUACCAAUGAAUCCCGACUGGCCUCCUCCCAUUCCAUACAACACUAAUUUUUCACUGACAUCUUUAAAUGAACUGACGUGUUGUAGUCCAGAAACUUUGGAGUUCGCUUUCCGCUAUUACAAAAAAUCAGCAGAUGUUUAAAUGAAAACGGUUAUAUAUAUGUAUCUGAUAUCAUUUUACUAUUUUGUCUGUGUGGGUGUGUUUGUGUGUGUAUGUGAGUGUGUGUGUGUGAGGGUGUGUGUGUGUGUGUGUGUGUGUGUGUGUGUGUGUGUGU